GCGGUUUGGUCUGGAGCAGCUGAAACCGGUUUGAGCGGAGCCGCUUCCUGCCGCUGGGCGCCGCAGCGGUCCGACUAGGAGAGAGCUGGAGAGGUACGCACGGCGGGUACCCGGCACCUCGGCCCGCGGCACUGCUGUCUGGCGCUGCGGUGGAGGCGCGGACCAGUGGACGGGGCAGCAGGACAUCCUAAAAUAAAACCAUCAGAAUGACACCUUCUCAGGUUACCUUUGAAAUAAGAGGAACUCUUUUACCAGGAGAGGUUUUUGCAAUAUGCGGAAGCUGUGAUGCUUUGGGAAAUUGGAAUCCUCAAAAUGCUGUGGCUCUUCUUCCAGAGAAUGAGACAGGUGAAAGCAUGUUAUGGAAAGCAACCAUUGUACUCAGUAGAGGAGUAUCAGUUCAGUAUCGCUACUUCAAAGGGUGCUUUUUAGAACCAAAGACUAUCGGUGGUCCAUGUCAAGUCAUAGUUCACAAGUGGGAGACUCAUCUACAACCACGAUCAAUAACCCCUUUAGAAAAUGAAAUUAUUAUUGAUGAUGGACAAUUUGGAAUCCACAAUGGUGUUGAGACUCUGGAUUCUGGAUGGCUGACGUGUCAGACUGAAAUCAGAUUACGUUUGCAUUAUUCUGAAAAACCUCCUGUUUCAAUAACGAAGAAAAAAUUUAAAAAAUCUAGAUUUAGGGUAAAGCUGACACUCGAGGGUCUGGAGGAAGAUGAUGAUGAUAGAGUAUCUCCCACUGUCCUUCACAAAAUGUCCAACAGCCUGGAGAUAUCUUUAAUAAGUGACAAUGAGUUCAAGUGCAGGCAUUCCCAGCCAGAGUGUGGUUAUGGCUUACAGCCCGAUCGUUGGACAGAAUAUAGUAUACAGACAAUGGAACCAGAUAACCUGGAACUAAUAUUUGAUUUUUUUGAGGAAGAUCUCAGUGAGCAUGUCGUUCAGGGUGAUGCUCUUCCUGGACAUGUGGGUACAGCAUGCCUCUUAUCAUCCACUAUUGCAGAGAGCGGGAAAAGUGCUGGAAUCCUUACCCUUCCCAUCAUGAGCAGAAAUUCUAGAAAAACAAUAGGCAAAGUGAGAGUUGACUAUAUAAUUAUUAAGCCAUUACCAGGAUAUGGUUGUGACAUGAAAUCCUCAUUUUCCAAGUAUUGGAAGCCAAGAACACCAUUGGAUGUUGGACAUCGAGGUGCAGGGAAUUCUACAACAACUGCUCAGCUUGCUAAAGUUCAGGAAAAUACUAUUGCUUCUUUAAGAAAUGCUGCUAGUCACGGUGCAGCCUUUGUAGAAUUUGAUGUGCAUCUGUCAAAAGAUUUUGUGCCUGUGGUAUAUCAUGAUCUCACCUGUUGUUUGACUAUGAAAAAGAAAUUUGAUGCUGAUCCAGUUGAAUUAUUUGAAAUUCCAGUAAAGGAAUUAACAUUUGACCAACUACAGUUGUUGAAGCUCACUCAUGUGACUGCACUGAAAUCUAAGGAUCUGAAAGAAUCUGUGGUUGAGGAAGAAAAUUCUCUUUCUGAAAAUCAGCCAUUUCCUUCUCUUAAGAUGGUUUUAGAGUCUCUGCCAGAAGAUGUAGGGUUUAACAUAGAAAUAAAAUGGAUCUGCCAACAAAGGGAUGGAAUGUGGGAUGGUAACUUGUCAACAUAUUUUGACAUGAAUAUGUUUUUGGAUAUAAUUUUAAAAACUGUCUUGGAAAAUUCUGGAAAGAGGAGGAUAGUGUUUUCUUCAUUUGAUGCAGAUAUUUGCACAAUGGUCCGGCAAAAGCAGAACAAAUAUCCGAUAUUAUUUUUGACUCAAGGGAAAUCUGAUAUUUACCCUGAACUCAUGGACCUUAGAUCUCGGACAACCCCCAUUGCAAUGAGCUUUGCACAGUUUGAAAAUCUAUUGGGGAUUAAUGCACAUACUGAAGACUUACUCAGAAACCCAUCCUAUAUUCAGGAGGCAAAAGCUAAGGGACUGGUCAUAUUCUGCUGGGGCGAUGAUACCAACGAUCCUGAAAACAGAAAGAAAUUAAAGGAACUGGGAGUUAAUGGUCUAAUUUAUGAUAGGAUAUAUGAUUGGAUGCCUGAACAGCCAAAUAUAUUCCAAGUGGAGCAGUUAGAACGCCUGAAGCAAGAACUGCCAGAGCUUAAGAGCUGUUUGUGCCCCACUGUUAGUCGCUUUGUUCCCUCGUCCCUGUGUGGGGAGCCUGACAUCCAUGUGGAUGCCAACAGCAUUGACAAUGUGGACAGUGCUUAGUAUUUGCUGGGCAGGGACCAUUUAGGGCAUGCACCGCUGUUCUGGGUAUUCACUUUUCAUCACUGAGCAUUGUUUAUGCCUUUUAAGUUUUCAGUCCAAUGAAGCAAUAAUGAAGUAUUUUACUAUUUCACUACAACUCUUGCUAGAAUUUCAAGUAUGCUAUUUGAACCACUUGGCCAGGUAUAAUUACCAGUUAGUCUCUCGACAUUGAGAAAAUUUAUUGGUAAAUAUUUUAAACUCAAUAUGUAAGUGUAUAAUGUUAAACAAAUGUUUGUUAAAAAUGUAGCACCUUGAAAUUAACUAUAAAAGUAUCUCAUAUUUCUACUUAUUACAGAUUUUCAUUUGAUCAGGUCUGAAAUAUUUAGCACUUGAGGAACAUGACUAUGCAUAAUUAUACCUGACCAUAGGAAAAAUAAGUACCUCAAAUGCAUGCAUUUGCACUGGUGAUUCCAACUGCACAGAUCUUUGUGCCAUCUGUAUAUAUAUGUAUUUUUUACAUGGAUUGACAUGCACACCUAUACCAUUUUCAUUCAGUGUGAACCUUGAGGCUGCUGCCGUUUUCCCACUUAAACAAACCAAUGCCUGUGUAAACAGCCUAGAGGUGAUCCUCGAAAACUUGUUUUAUAAAUCUUUCAAAAGUUGUUUUGCAUAAAUAUUAAAAUUUCAAAAUGCUGCAGGGUAAUUAAUGUAUAAACUAAUUAGAACAAGUGUGGAUUGAAUACUUAGUACAAUAGAUCAUAAUGUAUAAAUUCUAUUCAAUGCAUGCUGUAGGUUCCAAGCAUGGGAUUGUAUACGUUUACUAUAAGUCCUUGCAUCUGUGGUGCUAGGUGAGUGUGAGAAGGUGUCAAGGACUGAAAAAUAUUUUGUUGCCUAAAAAAAAAGAAAAGAAAGGAAAAAGAAAAAAAGCCUGUUUUUAGGCAUUUUAAAUAUGCUUAAUUGUCUCUCACUACCUAUUACACACUGUUGCUUUGUGGUUUGUUUCGUGUGUGUAUGUGUUGUACAGUAGUUAAAUAUCAAUGCAGAAAAAUAAAUGUCCUGAAUUCUCAUAUUGGUAUUUUUUAUUGGUUAAUGUAUAUCAUGCAUGUAAUUUAUUUAGAAAUGUAGCAUAUUCUACUAAAUGUAUAUGCAUGUUUGGAUUAUACACAAUUUUCUUUCAUAAGAAGCAGAUUGUUUUGGCAUAACUGUAACUUAAGAGUGAAUGUUAAAUAAAAUAGAUUUAUUUUCUUCAUUAUAAGAUGAAAUUUCAAGAAGGUGUUACUUUUGUAUAAUUGGUUCUAUUAUUAUUGUUGUUAUUAUUAUGAGCAAUUGGAAUUUAGUGUUAACCCUGAAGGGAUAGCUUAUUUGCAUCUACUUUUUACUGUGUGUUCCUCCCUAGGCAGCUUAUUCAUGUAUUGACAUAUUUUGGUAAUAGCUGAGAACCUAAAACUGGGAUUAUAUGUUGUAUUUUUUUAUUUUUUUAAACCAGGCAGUGCAGUUUGGUUCAGAUCUUAAUUGUGUGAAGAUAGGCUUUAAAAUCUUAGGGUAUUGUGUUUGUAACACUGAUAUUUAGUGGAAUAUAGUUUAGGAGAGUCUGCUACAGGGGUUUUGUAUGCUUUUUUCAUGUCGAAAGAGAUUUUCCAACACUUGGUGUGGAAAUUCACUUGGUGAGAAAUAGGCACUUCUAGAAAACUCCUGAAAAACAAUUACUUUUCUUGAUCUGCAGACCUGUGUACAGUACAGGUACCAUUACCUUAUGGUAACUUAAUUAGCCCUGUGUGUGCAUUUCUAGCCCUAUUCAUUUGUUCCUCCCCUACGCCUUUCCAUUUCCAGCUCCAUUUUGUAGACUUGAAGUUCACGAAGGGAAAGAAUGAGGAGGAAAGAAGUGAAGUGAGCGUCAGUUUCCUAAACAGUAUAGUUUGCUGAGAAGAGCAGUCCCUGCUUAUGACAAGGACAGAAGCUCACUGCUCAACUUUCUUUCCCGUCUCUUCCUGACUGUAUAAACACCAGGGUGAAUAGAUGAUUAACAGUAAGCAGUGGCUUCCAUAUCACUAGCUCUUGUCCUAUACACUCUGCUCCAACCAGACUGCCCUGUGCUGGGCCCCGGCCCUGCCACAUUCCUUCACUGCUGCUUUCUGUAGCCAAGUGCCCUCUGCCUGGAAGCCUCCCUGACACUUCUCCCUGCCAGAUUCACUUCUUCAAGGCCAUUCAUUGACCUCCAUAUGCUGCGCCCUUGCCAAAACUUUAAGAAGGGAUGAAUCCAUUUUUUUUUUUUUUAAACUCCACGGCCACAUGUUCAUUCCUUGACCAUGCUUUGUGUUUUAGUACUUUCUAGGUAGGCAUUAUUGAUAAUUUGUCUCAGCAGGCUGCAGGCUCUUCAAGGGCAGGGACCUUGUCGUAAAAUUUUUUCUUUCCACAGUGCAUGGAACAUAGUAGAAAAUAAAUGUUGGCAUUAUUGGGAUAAUGUAAUUUGUAUCAAAUGAGAUUUCAAUUGUUUACUAAGUAUGUAAACUUUGAAUUGGUUUGCAUUUUGGCAUUUGGAACAAUUUAUUGAUGUCAGUUUUAAAUGUAGAGGUAUAAUGUUGUCUUAUAUUUUCUGGAAAUUGAGUGAAAUGUUUGAUACAAUGCUGCCAUUGUUCUCUGGUAUUUUCCACCCUCUGGAAUUAUGUACUGUAACCAACUGGAUGUAAAUGUGAGGAACACAGCUCAUUCCUAUGUCUGUGGUGCCUGAGGGCCACCACAGCCACCCGUUUACCUCACUCAUCACUCCUUGUGACACUUGUCUCUCUUCUUCCUGCCUAGCCCACCGCUUAGGCUACCUCAGCACCGCUCCCUUGUCUUCCUUCUGCGUUCAGCUCAGGUGCCACCUCCUCCAAAAACCUUCCUCAGCUUUUGAUCAGAACCAUGAUGCUAACCAGUGCAGACAGCCUCUAAAUCUAACUAGUUUGCGGCUGGGGAAGUAAAAAACCCAGACAAGUUAACUGACUUACCAGGUUGGGACUAGAUCUGGGCCCUGUGUUCUUAAACAACGCUGCCUUCUGAAUUCUCAUGGCAUUUGUUAGCAUAUGCUUUCUUGUAGUCCCACCUUUCUUGUGCCUGUUAUAUUUCCCUAACAAGAUUGUAAGCCCCUUAAGGGCAAGGACUUCUCUGCAUUUCUAGCACUACCAUAGUGUUCUAGACUUAGUUAUGAACUAGAUAAAUAAAUGGUGGUGGCUACAAUCCCCGUUUCCUAACUCA